GGUCGCCCUGCAUCGUGCUUUCAUUACAACCUCUAAUAAUUGUGUCGACGACAAUUCCAGUGUGAUUUGUCUGUUGUUUUCGUUUGAAUUUGUCAACAUUCGUUGGCGGCCAGCUGCUUCGUUGAGAAUAAUUAUCUGAUUGUGCUGUUUAACAGUGAGUUAUUCGUGGCCGCUGGAAGCCGGUAGUGGUGUUGGUUGUGUUUCUCGUGAUUAUUUUAUUUCUAUUAUAAUUCAAAAUGGAAACGAUGGAUACCACGGCGGUAUCGCUUCCUCAAAAGAAGUAUUAUCGGCAACGCGCCCAUUCCAAUCCGAUUGCAGAUCACUGCAUAGAGUACCCUAAUAAUCCUGAUGAAAUGGAUUGGACACCGUUGUAUCCAGAUUUCUGUGUCAAAGAUGCAGAGGAUGAUUCAAAACAGCUUACCAAACCUGUUGAAUUUGCAGAUAUUGGCUGUGGAUACGGUGGAUUGCUUGUAACUCUUUCUACCAUGUUUCCUGACAAUUUAAUGGUUGGUAUGGAAAUUCGUGUCAAAGUGUCAGACUAUGUUAUGGAUAGAAUUGCAUCUUUGCGCUUGCUGCAUCCUGGACAAUAUGGAAACAUAGCUUGCAUCAGAACGAAUGCUAUGAAAUAUUUGCCAAAUUAUUUCAAGAAAGGUCAAUUGAAGAAAAUGUUCUUCUUGUAUCCUGAUCCACACUUCAAGAAGGCUAAACACAAGUGGCGCAUUAUCAACCCAUGCCUUUUAGCUGAAUAUGCGUACAUCUUAGCAGAAGGCGCUAUUGUAUAUACAAUGACCGAUGUCAAAGACUUGCAUGAGUGGAUGGUAAAACACUUAACUGAACAUCCUCUUUUUGAAAGAAUUCCUGAUGACGAGUUGACUACUGAUCCAAUUGUAGAAAAGUUGUACGAAAGUACUGAAGAAGGUCAGAAAGUAACACGAAACAAGGGAGACAAAUUUUUAGCUGUAUUUCGACGGAUUCCGGAUACUUUUGUAAAUGAGCAUAACCAAAUCUACAAGUCUAUACAAUAGACAACCUCAAUUCCCA